AUGCCUAGCGAAGGUGCCGAGUCCAUCAAGAUCCUGGACGAGCUUUUCCAGAAGCUCACCGUCUCCAAGGAGGCGGCGGACAUUAAGCAGUCUGCUGGAGAGCUCGCUGGUUUCCUUAACGGUCGCAUUGACGACCAGGCUGUCCCCGAGAAGAUCGUCGGAGACAUCAAGAAGAGCCUCGUCAACAAGAAGGACGCUACUGCCCGUGAGAAGGCUGCUAUCGCCAUUGAGGCUAUUGCUUCUCACUCUGAGGUCGCCGCCAACGUCGAGCCCUACCUCAUCGUUCUUCUGCCCACUCUUCUUGCCGCUGUUGGCGACAAGAUCACUGCUGUCAAGAAUGCCGCUACCGCUGCUGUCCUGGCCAUUGCCAGCGCCAUCAACGGCAACGCUGUCAAGAGCGCCCUCCCUUACCUGAUGGAGUCUAUCCGCACUGCCCAGAAGUGGCCUGAAAAGAUGGCUGCUCUGGACUUCAUCCUUGCCCUUGUCAAGACUGCCCCUGCUCAGCUCUCCUACCGUGUUCCUGACUUGAUCCCCGUCGUCUCUGAGGCCAUGUGGGACACCAAGAAGGAGGUCAAGGAGCACGCCUACAAGGUCAUGGAGACCAUCUGCCAGCUCAUCGUCAACAAGGAUAUUGAGCGAUUCAUUCCCGAGCUCAUUAAGUGUAUCGCCAAGCCUGAGAACGUCCCCGAGACUGUCCACCUUCUCGGUGCCACCACCUUCGUCACUGAGGUCCAGGAGCCCACCCUCGCCCUCAUGGUCCCUCUUCUGGACCGUGGUCUUGCCGAGCGUGAGACCGCCAUCAAGCGAAAGUCUGCUGUCAUUGUUGACAACAUGUGCAAGCUUGUCGACGACCCCAACAUCGUCGCUCCUUUCUUGCCCAAGAUGAUGCCAGGUCUCCAGAAGAACUUCGACAACCUUGCUGAUCCCGAGGCUCGUGAGAAGACCAAGCAGGCUCUUGACACCCUGUACCGUGUCGGUAACGUCGUCGACGGCAAGAUCCCCGAGGUCCGCAACGACGGUGACGUCUCCGUCGUCCUUGGCAAGCUCAAGGAGAUCCUGUCUGCCCGCUAUGCUUCCCUUCUUGAGAAGAUGGAGCCUGUCGCUGAGUACAUCUCCGCCAUUGCUGGUCAGCUCAUCGACAUGAAGGAGGCUGAGUCCCUCGUCUGGGUCGAGAGCCUUAAGCCCUACGUCGCUGUCAUCACCGGCAUCGACAACGCCGAGAGCACCAUUGACACUCUCCGCAAGCGUGCUUCUCCCGGUGCCGCCGAGGAGGAGGAGGGUGAGGCUGAUGAUGAGGAGGGCGAGGACCUUUGCAACUGCACAUUCUCUCUUGCCUACGGUGCCAAGAUCCUGCUCAACCAGACCCACCUCCGCCUCAAGCGUGGUCAGCGUUACGGUCUUUGCGGUCCCAACGGUUCCGGCAAGUCUACUCUCAUGCGUGCCAUCAACAACGAGCAGGUCGAGGGUUUCCCCAAGCAGAGCGAAGUCAAGACUGUCUUCGUUGAGCACGACCUUGACUCUGCUGAUACCGAGAUGACCACCAUCGACUGGACCAUGAAGAAGCUUGCCGAGGCCAAGGUUGACGUCUCUCAGGCUGAUGUCGAGAAGCGCCUGGACGAGUUCGGCUUCACCGAGCAGAUGGUUAAGGGCGAGAUUUCCGCCCUGUCUGGUGGUUGGAAGAUGAAGCUCGCUCUGUGCCGUGCUGUCUUCGAGGCCCCUGAUAUUCUGCUGCUCGACGAGCCUACUAACCACUUGGACGUGAAGAACGUCAAGUGGCUCGAGGACUACCUCACCAGCUCCCCCUGCACUUCCAUCAUCGUCUCUCACGACUCUGGCUUCCUUGAUAACGUCUGCCAGCACAUCGUUCACUACGAGCGAUUCAAGCUCAAGCGUUACCGUGGUAACCUGAAGGAGUUCGUCAAGCGUGUUCCUUCCGCCAAGUCCUACUACGAGCUCGGUGCCUCCGAGAUGGAGUUCACCUUCCCCGAGCCCGGUUUCCUUGAGGGUGUCAAGACCAAGGCCAAGGCCAUCCUGCGUGCCACCAAGAUGUCCUUCCAGUACCCCGGUACCUCCAAGCCCCAGAUCCAGGAGAUCAGCUUCCAGUGCUCUCUUGGCUCUCGUAUUGCCGUUAUCGGUCCCAACGGUGCCGGCAAGUCUACCCUGAUCAACGUUCUCUGCGGUGAGCUCAUCCCCACCGGUGGUGAGAUCUACCAGCACGAGAACAUCCGUAUCGCCUACAUCAAGCAGCACGCCUUUGCCCACAUUGAUAACCACCUUGACAAGACUCCUUCCGAGUACAUCCAGUGGCGUUUCCAGACUGGUGAGGAUCGUGAGACCAUGGACCGAGCCAACAAGAUCAUCACCGAGGCUGAUGAGAAGGCCAUGGACAAGGUCUUCAAGAUCGAGGGUACCCUGCGUCGUGUCAUUGGCAUCAACGCCCGUAGAAAGUUCAAGAACUCCUACGAGUACGAGUGUUCAUUCGCUCUGGGUGAGAACGUCGGCAUGAAGGGCGAGCGAUGGGUUCCCAUGAUGACCGCUGACAACGUCUGGCUGCCCCGUAACGAGCUGCUGGCCUCUCACCAGAAGAUGGUCGCUGAUGUCGAUAUGAAGGAGGCUCUUGCCUCUGGUCAGUUCCGACCUCUGGUCCGAAAGGAGAUUGAGGCCCACUGCGCCAACUUCGGUCUCGAUGCCGAGCUGGUUUCUCACUCCCGCAUGCGCGGUCUGUCUGGUGGCCAGCGUGUCAAGACUGUCCUGGCUGCUUGCUCUUGGCAGCGACCCCACUUGAUCGUCCUUGACGAGCCUACCAACUAUCUGGAUCGUGACUCUCUGGGUGCUCUGUCCAAGGCCCUGAAGAAGUUCGAGGGUGGUGUCAUCAUCAUUACUCACUCUGCCGAGUUCACCAAGGACUUGACUGAGGAAGUCUGGGCUGUCAUGGACGGCAAGAUGACUCCUUCCGGCCACAACUGGGUCCAGGGCCAGGGCUCUGGUCCUCGUCUUAAGCAGGACGAUGAUGAUGAGGAGGACAAGUUCGAUGCCAUGGGCAACAAGAUUGUUAGCACCAAGAAGAAGGCCAAGCUGACCUCUUCCGAGCUGCGAAAGAAGAAGAAGGACCGUAUGGCCCGCCGAAAGCGUGGUGAGGAGGUGUUCAGCGACGAGGAUGAUCUGUAA